CUGCAGGAAUCCGUUGGCUAUCUUUAAAAGGCCAGCUAACGAGGGGUGUUAUCUUACUCCUCUCCAAUCCCUCGGUUACAAAGCUACCCAAAGUAACUGUACUUACGUGCCUCUCGGCGCCGGGACCCAAUAACGGCGCUCAUCCUGUUAUCAAGGACCUCCGGAUCGACGGGGGUGUGGACCGAAAAUAGCCUGGGGCAUUUGGGGUCAUGUUUCGAUAGAGUAUCUGUGAGGUGUGCUAUUGAUCGGUUGGCCGAGUUGGAGACGCAAUACGCAGUGGCGAUGUGGCUCUCCCAUGUCCACUCUGCAAGCACGGACUCCGAACCCCUCAUUAGGUUGCUUAUAUCUAUUGGGAUUGGUCUCAGCAAUUCAGCUGUGGUGAUUCAGUGAUCACCAUCUGUUGUUCUUCUUGUUUUGAGAGAGUACGGGGCCCCAUACUCAUAUCGGACUACACAUCACCAUGCCUCCGAUUCAACAAAAAGCAUUAAUCAAUGUUGACCUGGGGGAAGCUUACGGCAACUGGUCCCUCGGACCCGACCUCGAGCUCCUCCCCAUGAUCGAUAUCGCCAACGUCGCCUGCGGCUUCCACGGCGGCGACCCCCUGAUCAUGAUGGAUACCAUCCGCAAUUGCAAAGCCCACAGCGUCCGGGUAGGAGCACACCCGGGCCUACCGGAUCUCCAAGGUUUCGGGCGACGGGAAAUGAAGCUCUCGCCCGAGGAAUUAACGGCGAUCACCAUCUACCAAGUCGGAGCGCUGAAGGGCUUCCUGGACCGUGAGGGCGUGCCUCUUAACCACGUCAAGCCCCAUGGGGUGCUGUAUGGGAUGAUGUGCCGGGACUAUGAGGUAGCCAAGGCUGUGAUGGAGGGGAUUCCCAAGGGCGUUCCGGUGUUUGGUCUUGCGGGGACUAAUAUGGAGCGUGCUGCCAAUGAUUUGGGGAUUGAAUUCUGGGCCGAACUUUAUGGUGACGUCAAGUAUGAUUCGCGGGGAAUGUUGGUGAUUGACCGUAAGAAGAAACCGUGGGAUCUGGGCGAUGCUGAGAGGCACAUUCGCCAGCAGAUCGAGGACAGUUCGGUCACGGCGGUGGAUGGGACAGUGGUGCAGUUGCAGUUGAAGAACUACCCUCUGUCCAUGUGCUGCCAUUCAGAUUCGCCAGGGUGUUUGGACAUUGUCAGCACGGCACGGAGGGUGGCAGACGAAUUCAACCAGAAGAAUGGACAUAAAUAGGAGGCAUUUGUAGAUAGCAACUAUAAGUUAUAAAGAAUAUCAACAACAUUUGAUAUGGUGUAAACGGCAAUGACGGUGGAAUGGCCAUGAUAUGGCGUGGUCUGAAAUCGCAAAGUCGUGGUGUUUCCACUUAGGCAUUGUAGCCAAGCGAACCUCGGGAAGAGGUGAUUGGCCGCAGCGUCUUAGUGUCGGUUACCUAUAGUCGUGGCAGCG